UCUUAUUGCUUAGCAAACGAGCUGCUAUCAUUCUGUGUUCCUAUUGGCUAAAAUUCAGUCUCGUGCAGUAUACUGAGCCGCGAUUGGUUGGAGUCCCAGUACACUGCGCAUGCUCGUGUUGAACGUUAUUCUUCAUUCCACUUGUAUUCCGUCAAAUGCAAAAUUCUACUCUAGGAUUGGCUGAUGUUCCGUUUCACCCAAUCGUAUCGCAGGAUGCUUGAGUGUUUUAGCCAAUCCCAGCGCAGGAUCUGAAACCUGUCGCAAAACGGGUGGAAAAAUAACCUAACUGUGUACGGCUAGCGCGAGGAUAUUAGCUUUGCUGUUUUGCACAAAUGCCGAGCUUUGGCAGAGGCGCAGGGCUAACAGGAAGAGGAGCGGGCUCAGUAGGGAGAGGGGCGGGGCUUAUGGGCCGGACGUUUGACGCCAGACAGAAGAUCGGCAGCACUGAUGUCAGGCAGCGGCUCGGAGGAAGUGGAGCGUUCCAGGUAAAGGAUGCGAGAGAGAAGCUGGGUCAGAAUGAUGCGCGUUUCCGUAUUCAGGCCAGAGGGGGCGCUGCGAGCGCGGUGCAGGACGCCAGACAGACCAUAAACUCUCGUAAACAGCAGCAGGUCCAGGAUUCUCCCUUAGUAACCAGCUCUCAGACCCCAAUCCCACACAUCCACAUCCAGAACAACAGCAGCAAUCCCAGCAGCACCGGCGUCAGGACCUUCCCUACCAACCAGGGACUCGGAACCAGAGUGGGCGUGGCCAUACAGCCCAGAGGCGGGAUCACAAAGGUGGUGGAUGCACGUGAUAGGCUGAGUCUGAAGAGAAGCGUAUCAUCGCUGCCCAGCCAGGGAUCUGCAGCUCCGCUCAAGAUCACCAAAACUAUCCAGCAGAGGCCUGUUGGUAUGACCAGCGGGAUUCGCAUCAAUGUACCAAGCAGAGCAGCUCAGACGGCGUCCAAUGAGGAGGAGGAGGAGGCUGUGGUUCCUAAUAAACAGUUAAAGUUUACUACGACCAAUGACCUGGCACAGACACGGGUGGGUGGAGGUUUCUCUGUCUCUACUCCAAUCACUAAAGUGGUUAAGAAUGACUCGUACCUGGCUCCGCCCCCUGCAGCCUCUGCUGCGGCUGCUGCAGUUGCACCCACUCGCUCUAAUCCCCGCCCACCUGCGCAGACUCCUGAAAACACCAGCUCUCAGCCUGCACAGCCAGUGUUCAGUCCGUUGGAGGGAACUAAAAUCACAGUGAAUAAUCUCCAUCCGCGUGUCACAGAGGAGGACAUAGUGGAGCUGUUCUGUGUGUGUGGAGCGCUGAAGCGAGCUCGGCUGGUGAAGGUCGGCGUGGCUGAGGUGGUGUUUGUGCGGAAAGAUGACGCCAUCAGCGCUUACAGGAAAUACAACAACCGCUGUCUGGAUGGUCAGCCGAUGAAGUGUAACCUGCACAUCCAGGGCAGCGUCAUCACGUCAGACCAGCCCAUCCUGCUGAGACUGAGUGACUCUCCCGGUAAGAAAGAGACUCCCUCCUCGGCCGUGUCCCGAUCCACACCUCGCUCCAGCUCGGCUGAAGUGGAUCCUCAGACCAUCCUGAAGGCUCUUUUUAAAUCGUCCAAUCAGAGCUCGGCCUCUACAGAGACUCCUCCCCCUGCCGCACACUCUACAGCCUUCCGCAUCAAGAUCUAAAACAGACACACACACACACACACUCUCUACAGCCGUCUGCAUCCAGGUCUAUCACACACUCUCGUAUCGGUACGUGUCCAUUUGCGAGUGUUGCAUCCUGUUUGUUUUUAAUCGGACGGUUCUGAUGGUAUGAUGGCUCACGUUGUGUUUAGCCAAUCAGAUCAAGGGAAACGGUGUCCAUCAGCUUUACGAUGGAGAUCCUGCUUUUUAUAGUAUUAUCUGUAAUAAUAACUACGCGUCUUUACGAUAUUAAAUUCACAUGAAGCGUCUCAGAUUUCUUCCUAACUGAGCUAGAUGGUGUGCUAGUGAGGGUAAGCUAGCUGAAAUUAGCUUAUCAUGCGGUUGAUGCACAUGAUCAUAUAACUAGCUUUGUGUUAAAUAAUAAUUCUAGAGACGUUUCGUUAAUGUUUACCUGGUUUCCAUAGCAACGCCCAUAUCCACCCUCAUUAGAUACACACGUAGAGGACCACGACUCAGUUUACAAACUUCGCAAAAGGACACGUACCAUCACCCUCAUACGCAUACGCCGUCCUGGUAAGUGUGUGUGUGUGAAACGGGUGCAGGUUCAGUGUGUGAUUCUGGCUCAUAGGAACUGUUAUUUUGUUUUUAAAACACACACACACACACACACACACACACACACACACAGGAUCAUGAUGAUGAUGUACAUGCUGUGUAUAAAGACUCGUUUAGAAGUGAUGUUUCUGCGCAGAGGGCGGUCCUGUCCCGAUCCUCUGUGUUCAGCUCUUUGUAGUGUACCCUUGCUGGUGUUGGUGAUUUGGGACACAGCCCUGACCCCUGACACACACACACACACACACACACACACACACACACACACACACACACAUGGGAUGGGGCUGUGUGUACAAUUCUGUGUCUGUACUGGACUUCCUGUUUGUUUUUUUCUGCAGUAAAUUCUCUCGCUUUAUAAUAAACCCA